GGGGGGAGAGAGGGAGAGAGGGGAGAGAGAGAGAGGGGGGAGAGAUUGGUGAUGGUGAUAUUUGCAAGGAAGGAGAAGAAAGACGAGCAGAAGAAGGGAAUGCAAGUGGGGAAAUACGAGCUGGGAAGGACUCUCGGAGAAGGAAAUUUUGGUAAAGUCAAAUUUGCUAGGAGUCUCGAUUCGGGUCAUUCAUUUGCUGUCAAAAUCCUGGAGAAGACCCGGAUUGUUGAUCAGAGGAUCAUUGAUCAGAUAAAGAGGGAAAUUGGCACGUUAAAGCUACUCAGACAUCCAAACGUGGUCCGAUUACAUGAGGUGAUUGCAAGCAAAACCAAAAUUUACAUGGUCCUUGAAUAUGUGGAUAGUGGUGAUCUGUUUGAGCGCAUUGCUUCCAAAGGUAAACUCUCCGAGGAUGCAGGCAGGAAGAUGUUUCAACAAUUAGUAGAUGGUGUUAGCUACUGCCACAAUAGAGGCGUUUUUCACCGGGAUCUCAAGCUAGAGAAUGUCCUUGUUGACACAGAAGGAAACAUAAAGAUCUCUGAUUUUGGUCUUAGUGCAUUACCUCAACAUUUUAGAGAUGACGGGUUAUUGCAUACAACCUGUGGUAGCCCCAACUAUGUCGCUCCUGAAGUUCUCCACAACAGAGGUUAUGAUGGCGGCACAUCCGAUACGUGGUCCUGUGGUGUUAUCCUAUACGUGAUUCUCACAGGAUAUCUACCAUUUGACGACAGAAAUCUUGCAGUUCUUUAUCAGAAGAUAUUCAAGGGGGAUGUACAUAUUCCCAAAGGGCUGUCCGCUGGAGCUAGAAAGUUGAUACGAAGGAUUCUUGAUCCAGAUCCUCGUACUCGGAUAACACUGGCUGAAAUUAAACAGGAUGAAUGGUUUAAGCAGAAAUAUACUCCAACAAAUCCUGAUGAGGAUGGAGAAGAUGUAUCCGUAGAUGAUGAAGUUUUGACAAUACAUGAGUCACCCUUAGCUGAAAAAGAUGUAGAUUCACCCACCCUAAUCAAUGCCUUUCAGCUUAUUGGAAUGUCCUCAAGCCUGGAUCUUUCAGGUUUCUUCGAGAAAGAGGAUGUUUCUGAGAGAAAGAUCAGAUUCACAUCUCAUCAUUCCCCAAAAGAAUUGGUUGAGAGAAUUGAGGACAUAGUUACACAGAUGGGAUUCGGAGUCCAAAAGAAAAGUGGAAAGUUAAAAGUGGUACAAUUGCAUAAAGAUCACAAAAGCGCUGUUAGUCUUUCAGUCGCAGCAGAGGUGUUUGAAAUAAGCCCAUCUUUGUACGUGGUGGAAGUUAGUAAAACCUGUGGAGACGUGAAAGCGUACAGACAGUUGUGUGAAAAGUUGUCGUAUGACAUAGGCGUCCGAAGCAGCCAAGAGCUUCCGGGCACAGAAUUUUGAUAGUGAAGCUAAAAACCUCCAUGUACAGUUACAGUUCAUCUUUUAAUUUAUGAAAUAAGCUUAAAUGUUGCUACAGUUUGUACAUAUUUCAAAAGCAUUUGGACCAUGUACAGUAGAUUUUUAAGCCGUAAUUUUGCAGGACUUUAUUUUUACUGUA